GAUGACAACAGAAACUGAAGCUUCCACAACCAUAGAUGUGACCCCCAAAAUCAUGCCUGUGCUCUCAGCAACUACAGAUACUGCUGCACCAACAACAACACCCUCUUCAACAACAAUGUAUGAAUAUUCUACAACUACAGCUGAAACCCCUACAACCACACUCAUAUCCUCGCCAAGUAUAACUGCACCUUCAACAACAGCAAAUGCUGCUCCAACUGCAACAGCACAAUCUUCAACAACUGCAGCUGUGAACCCCACAACCAUGCCUGUAUUCUCUGCACCUCCAGCAACAGAAAAUGUUGCUCCAACAACAACUCCACUGUCUUUGAAAACUGAAGCUUCUACUACCACAGAUGUGAACCCCCAAACCACUUUUAUAUCCUCAGCAACUGCACCUACAACAACAAUAAAUGCUGCAACAGCACAAUCUUGGACUACUGAAGGUUAUACAACAACAGCUGUGAGCUCUACAACCACUCAUAUAUCUUCAGAAUCUACAACAACAGCAAAAGCUGCUCCAACAACACCAUUGUCAACAACAAAUGAAGCUUUAUCCACCACAGCAGUGAACCCCACAACCACGUCUGUAUUCUCAGUACCUACAGUAACAGAAAAUGCUGCUCCAACAGAGACACCAUCUUCAACAAUAGAAAAUGAAACUUAUACAACCAUAGCUGUGACCUCCACAACCACACUCAUAUCCUCACCAACUACAACUGCACCUUCUACAGCAACAAAUGCUGCUCCAACUGCAACAGCACAAUCUUCAACAACUGAAGCUUCAGCAACCGCAGCUGUGAAUCCCACAACCAUGCCUGUAUUCUCUGCACCUCCAGCAACAGAAAAUGUUGCUCCAACAACUCCACUGUCUUUGACAACUGAAGCUUCUACUAGCACAGCUGUGAACCCCACAACCACUCUUAUAUCCUCAGCAACUGCACCUACAACAACUACAAAUGCUGCUCCAACACCAUUUUCAACCACUGAAGGUUAUACAACUACAGCUGUGAGCCCCACAGCCACUCUUAUAUCCUCUCUGACUACAACUGCACUCUCAACAGCAACAAAUGCUGCUCCAACUGCAACAACACAAUCUUCGACAACUGAGGCUUCUACUACCCAAUCUGUGAACCCCACAACCACUCUUAUAUCCUCAGCAACUGCUCCUUCAACAACAUCAAAUGCUGCUCCAUCAUCAUCUUCAACCACUGAAGAUAAUACAACCACAGCUGUGAGCCCCACAACCACUCAGAUAUCAUCAGAAACUACAACAACAGCAAAAGCUGCUCCAACAACACAAUUGUCAAAAACAAAUGAAACUUUAACAACCAAAAGAGUGAACCCCACAACCAUGCCUGUGUUCCCAGCACCUACAACUGCACCUCCAGCAACAGAAAAUGCUACUCCAGGAACAACAGCACAGUCUUCAACAAAUGAAGUUUCUACAACCACAACUGUGAAUUCGACAACCAUGCCUGUAUUUCCAGAACCCCCAACAAAUGCUGCAUUACCAACAAUAGCAGUAACUUCAACAACUGACGCUUCUACAAUAACAGCUGUGAACCCCACAUCAAUGCCUUUCUCCUCAGGAAAUACAAGUGCACCUCUAACAACAACAAGUUCUGCUCCAACACCAACUUCAAUCACUAAAGGUUAUACAACCACAGCUGUAACACCCACAACCUUGAGUGUUUUCUCAGGACCUACAAUUGCACCUCCAGCAACAGAAAAUGCUGUUCGUACCACAACACUUCCUUCAAUAUCUUCAUCUUCUUCACUGUUAUCACCAAGCACAACAUCAAUAUCUCCAACCACAAUACCACUUUUCACAACAACCAGAACUGCUGCAGCAACAACAUUUGUCACACCCACAACCAUGCCAAUGUUCUCAGAAUUUACGAAAUCAUUUUUAACAACCACAUCUUUGCUAAAUGCAGCUACAAAUGCAGUGACUCCAACUCGACUUUCAGAAACACAAAACCCAGCUCCAACUGCAUUUGUAUCUCAAAGCACAAAAACUGUGUCUUUAGCAACCACUGAAACGACUGCACCAACAAUUAUAAUUGUAACUCAAGAAACCACUAUGCCAUUGUCAAUGUCAGCAGCUGGUGCUCCCCCAACUACAAGUGUGAGUCCACUCUCUAUGUCUGGAGCUACCACAAGUAUGCCUAUAACCUCAGCUGCUACAAUUGCAUCAACUCAAACAACAGCAGUGGUGGCAAGCAAACUGCUAUUCAACUCAUCGUCUCCAGUCCCCAGUGAAUCUCUGGUCCUCAGUGCUAUCAACACUCUCCUGAAAUCCAGAGAGUCACAAAUUAAUGAAUCAGUGAAGGUGGUGAAUGUAAUCUAUAAAAGAAUCUCGGAAACCUCCUAUGUUGUGGUCUUUACAUUUAACCUGGUUAAUAUCAGCAUGCCAGAGGACCCUGAUCUCAGAGGUGACACCUACCAGCAAGUGCAAGAUACCAUCAAUAAUGCGCUGAACACUCUUCUGAAUGAACCUGGCAGUCCAACUUUACAACCCAAGACCUCCAACUUCACGAGCACUUCAAAGCAGAUUGAUGGCAGGAUGGAAUACAGCUUCCAGGAUGGAGAUGUCAUACAACCAGUUAGCUUCCUCAAUGAGCUACGUCUACCAACCACUACAACAGUCUUUCCAGAAACAACAACCAGUGUCUCUAUUACUGCUCCAACUCUCAUAUCUGGUUCAGGAGUGGUCACAAGCAAGCUGGUGUUCAACUCCUCAUCUCCAAUCCCCAGUGAAUCUCUGGUCCUCAGUGCAAUCAAAACUCUCCGUAAUUCCAGAGAGUCACAGCUCAAUGAAUCGGUGAAGGUGGUGAAUGUCACCUAUGAGAAACUCUCAGAAACCUCCUAUGCUGUGGUCUUUACAUUUAAUGUGAUAAACAUCAGUAUGCCAGAGGACCCUGAGUCUAGAGGCAACACCAACCAGCAAGUGCAGGAUAUCAUUAAUAAUGCGCUGAACACUCUUCUGAAUGAACCUGGCAGUCCAACUUUAAAACCCAAGACCUCCAACUUCACGAGCGCUUCAAAGCAGAUUAAUGGCAGGAUGGAAUACAGCUUCCAGGACGGAGAUGUCAUACAACCAGUCAGCUUCCUCAAUGAGCUACGUCUACCAACCACUACAACAGUCUUUCCAGAAACAACAUUUGGUUUCUCUGUGACUCCUUCAAUCCUCAAAUCUGGUUCAGGAGUGGUCACAAGCAAGCUGGUGUUCAACUCCUCAUCUCCAAUCCCCAGUGAAUCUCUGGUCCUCAGUGCAAUCAAAACUCUCCGUAAUUCCAGAGAGUCACAGCUCAAUGAAUCGGUGAAGGUGGUGAAUGUCACCUAUAAGAAAAUCUCAGAAACCUCCUAUGCUGUGGUCUUUACAUUUAACGUGAUUAACAUCAGUAUGCCAGAGGACCCUGCGUCUAGAGGCAACACCAACCAGCAAGUUCAGGAUAUCAUUAAUAAUGCGCUGAACACUCUUCUGAAUGAACCUGGUAGUCCAAAUUUACAACCCAAGACCUCCAACUUCACGAGCACUUCAAACCAGAUUGAUGGCAGGAUGGAAUACAGCUUCCAGGACGGAGAUGUCAUACAACCAGUCAGCUUCCUCAAUGAGCUACGUCUACCAACCACUACAACAGUGUUUCCAGAAACAACAUUUGGUUUCUCUGUAACUCCUUCAAACCUCAUAUCUGGUUCAGGAGUGGUCACAAGCAAGCUGGUGUUCAACUCCUCAUCUCCAAUCCCCAGUGAAUCUCUGGUCCUCAGUGCUAUCAAAACUCUCCGUAAUUCCAGAGAGUCACAGCUCAAUGAAUCGGUGAAGGUGGUGAAUGUCACUUAUGAGAAAAUUUCAGAAUCCUCCUAUGCAGUCAUUUUUAAGUUUAAUAUGAGUGACAUCAGCAUGCCAAGGGACUCUGGACUCAGAAAUAACAUCUACCUGCAAGUAGAGAAUACCAUUAAUAAAGCGCUGAACACUCUUCUGAAUGAACCUAGCAGUCCAAAUUUACAACCCAAACCAUCCAUCUUCAAGAGUACAUUAAAUCAGAUUGAGGGCAGUAUGGUGUACAACUUCCAAGAUAUAGAUGUCAUAAAACCAGUCAACUUCCUACAGACACUUAAUUCACUGACAGUCUUAACGACAGCCAGCACUCUGACAACAAGCAUAACUUCUCCACUAACAUUGUUGGGGACGAUUUAUAUAAAUAUUCGAUUGGUGUUUAACACAUUGGGCCAAAUACCAAGUGAAACUAUCAUUCUACAGUUGGUCAAAUCUUUGAUUGGCCCACGUUACAGAACUAAAGAAGUCUCAACACCAACCCAGGAUGCAAGCCUUGUGAAUGUCACCUAUACAAAAAUUAAUGAUACCUCCUAUGCUCUCACAUUUGGAUUUGAAAUCAGCAAUAUAUCCAUGUCUGAGAAAAUUGAACUAAGGAAUGAAACUUACACUUUAAUCAAAAGCACUAUAAAUGGAUUGCUUAUCGAAAUCCUAAAGGACCCCUCAGCUUCUCAGUUUGAUCUCCAGCACAUUGAAUUGAACGAUAAUAGCACAGUGAUUCUGGCCAGUGUUCAGUAUGUUUUCUCAGAAAGUGACUUGAACACAAACAGCACCUUUGUCAAGGAAUUAUUCAAAGCUAAUGAAGUCUUAACGACAGCCAGCACUCUGACAACUACUCCACCGAUAGUGCUUGGCAGAGCGCUUAUAUUCAUUCGCCUCGUGUUUGUCACACUGGGCCCCCUGCCAAAUCCAGAGAAGGUUCUUGAGGUGGCCAACACUCUGCUGAACACGCGUCUCACAACUAAACAAGACACCAAAACACAAGCCCUGAGUGAUCCUGUGAGCUUUGUCAAUGUCACAUAUACAAAAAUAAAUGAGACGGCCUAUGCUCUCGACUUUGGAUUUGAAAUCAGCAAUAUAACCAUGUCUGAGAAGCUUGAACUCAGGGAUGGCACCCACCUGACAAUACAAGACUCUAUAAACACAUUGCUGGGCAAGAUGCUCCUCAGUAACUCCUCAGCUCCUCUCAUUAAGUUCCAACCAGCUGAUUUCACGGGUAAUUCCACAGUAAUUAAGGCCAAUGUAGAGUAUGUUUUCUCACCAAGUGACAUCACGAAACCCAGCAUCUUUGUUCAGGAACUUCUCCAACUUGACGGAGCGAGCAUUCUGACAACCACAACUUCACCACCGAUCUUGACUAGGAGGGGAAUUAUUAAGAUUCGUCUCGAGUUUAUCACACUGGGCCCAAGACCAAGUGAGAGUAAUGUUCUACAGGUGGUUAAAUCUAUGCUGGCCUCAAAUCUCACAACUAAACUAACCACGAGAGUAACAAGCAUGAGUGAACCUCUGUCCUUGGAGAAUGUUGAGUAUUUGGGUAUUAAUGACACCGCCUACGCACUCAUUUUUGCAUUUGAAAUAAACAAAGUAUCACUGACAGAGAUAAAUAGGAAAGAAGCCUAUCAAGAAAUCCAAAAGAAGAUAAAUGAUUUGGUGAUCCAGAUACUAAAGGACCCCUCGGUUAAUCUGCUCAUUCCAGCCGAUUUCAAGGAUGAUCUCUUUGUGAUUCAGGCCAAUGUUACGUAUGUUUUCUCACAACGUGACAGCAACACGGCCUCCGGUUUCUUGGUCAGUGCCCUUUUCACGGCUUUUACCACACCAGUUCCAACCACCAUGAACGCUACAACCUCCAACAAUGGUACAAACGUAGCAUGGAUUGUGGCUAUCAUUGUCCCCUGCGCUAUUGUCAUCGGGCUCGUACCUUGCUGGAUUCUCCUUUGCUGUUUGCUGUGUGGUUGCUGUGCAGCAAUCAGAAGACGUUGGCACAGAAGACAGUCGUACAAUGUGCAGUACACCACUCGAAACAGCCUCUUCUAGACAAUUCAGAGAUAUUUGACAAAAACAGGACUGAACACCAAUGACAACAUAAAAAUCAUGUAUUUUGGAUAUUCAAUAUGCUAUUCAAGACUGCUUCUUUUGUAGUAAUGAAAGUACUAUGUUAAUGCUUCUUUUAUAAAUUAUUUAUUUUAUUAUGCUAUAUAUAAACAGGUCCUCCAUAAAAUAUUCCUAAAUGUGAAAUUUUAAUACUUCCUAUAGUGUAUAAUGAAAUUGUAUUGUUGUUAUUUAUUUGUAUUUAUUUGUAAUAUUCUGUUUAUGUUUACAGUUAAUAAUCUUUUGCAAAUCAUUAGUCUGCUUGACACUACACAGUUUAAUUUAAAGGG